AUGCGGAAGCAAGAUGCUGGAGGGCAGCAGGCCCAGCCCUCAGAAGCCCCAGCUCAGAAGCAGGCAGCAGAGACCCACGAGGAAGCGUUUGAUGAGCCGGAUGACGAGCUCGAGGAAUUCGAUGAAAUCGGUGGCGAGGUGCCGAUUGACGCAGAGGUGAAGCAGUGGAGUGAAGACUGGGACGCUGCAGGCUGGGAUGACGAGGAUCCUGACGAUGAGUUCUUAGAGCGGCUGCAGCGCGAAUUGGAAGCCUUUAAGACAAACUACACUAAUGGAAACCCCCAAACCCGCAAGGCGGCGUGA